UAAAUCUUCACAAGACAAGCCGAGCAUAGAACUGCGAUUGUACAGCAAAACUACCGGUAUUUAAACUUCCAAUUGAACCGACAGAGACGGGUUCUUGCAGCUUCUUUUUCCCGCAACCAAUGUUCCUGGGGUCGUCAUCCACCAGUCUCGUUCCAAGACUGCGCACAGCUCCAUUAAACCGAUUGUCCACCGCCUCUCCGAUUGUCGCCCGCGUAUCACGCACAUCCGCAACGUUGGCUCCCCCCACUAAACAAGCCACCCCUCCUUCCUCUUCCUCUCCCUCCUCCCUCCUCUCUUCUUCUUCUUCUUCCUCUCCUUCAUCUGCCGUUUUGUCUACUUCACCCUUCUCUCCUCCCCCCCGAGUUGCUCAUUCGGCUUCGUCCGUAACAACUCGUGCUGCUUUAAUUUCUCGACACUUUUCUUCAUCCGCUACCCCGCCGCAGUCGCCCACCAUGCCUUACACCGUUCGCAAGAUCGCCCAGGCCAACACCCUGGAGCACCGUGUCUACAUUGAGAAGGAUGGCCAGCCCGUCUCUCCCUUCCACGAUAUCCCUCUCUACGCCAACGAGGAGCAGACUAUCCUUAACAUGGUCGUUGAGAUCCCCCGCUGGACCAACGCCAAGCAGGAGAUCUCCAAGGAGGAGUUCCUCAACCCCAUCAAGCAGGAUGUCAAGAAGGGCAAGCUCCGUUACGUGCGUAACUGCUUCCCCCACAAGGGUUACCUCUGGAACUAUGGUGCCUUCCCUCAGACCUGGGAGGACCCCAACACUGUCCACCCUGAGACCAAGGCUAAGGGUGACAACGACCCUCUCGAUGUCUGCGAGAUCGGUGAGCUUGUUGGCUACCCCGGUCAGGUCAAGCAGGUCAAGGUCCUUGGUGUGAUGGCCCUGCUUGACGAGGAAGAGACCGACUGGAAGGUCAUUGUCAUCGACAUCAAGGAUCCUCUGGCUUCUAAGCUGAACGACGUUGAGGAUGUUGAGCGCCACCUGCCUGGCCUCCUCCGCGCCACCAACGAGUGGUUCCGUAUCUACAAAAUCCCCGACGGCAAGCCCGAGAACCAGUUCGCUUUCUCCGGCGAGUGCAAGAACAAGAAAUACGCUCUCGAGGUUAUCCGUGAGUGUGCUGAUGCUUGGGAGAAGCUCAUGACUGGCAAGUCUCCCAAGGGCGACAUCAGCAUCAAGAACGUCACCGUUGCGAACUCCCCCGACCAUGCUAAGCCCGACGAGCUUGCCAACAUCCCUCGGGGCGAGGACCUCCCCCCUGCCCCUAUUGAUGGCAGCGUUGACAAGUGGUUCUUCAUCUCCGGUGCUGCUGUGUAAAUUGAUACCAACUAAAGUAAAUAAAAGUCCCACAAUUUUGGAUCCAGCCCAUAGGCGAGUCCACGUAAUUUCACUUGAUCUUCCAUUGUUUUUGUUGUUUGUCUUGUUCGCAUUACUUUACAACCUCCACUAAGCUUCAAAGAACGUGCUUGUGAUGUUG